CUUGACAAUCAAGAACAAACAGACGCAUGCUGCUAAAAUGUCAAUGAGACAAGUGUCUAAACUUCUUCUUAAGCACUCCUCAUGGAGUAUCAAUUCUUACCAAAAGUUGGCCAGAAUAGCACUUUUUUCACAACAGAGAUGUUUAUCAGGGAUUGUUGAUCCUCCGGAUGUUUCACCGCCUAUUCCAGAAUAUAUCGACCGUGGAAACAAAGAACCUCUGGAACAGAAAAAGGCUCGACUGCUGUAUCAGAGUAGGAAACGGGGAAUGACUGAAAAUGGAUUGCUUCUUAGUACUUUUGCAGCUCUUCAUUUAGAGAAACUGACAGAGAGUCAGCUGAAGAUGUACGAUAGUUUGAUCAACAAACCUACAAAUGAUUGGGACAUUUACUACUGGAUCACAGAAACUAAGCCGACUCCUGCCCAGUAUGACAAUGAAAUCAUGGACAUGCUGAAACAACACACAAAGAAUGAGGACAGACAAGUCAGGCUACAGCAACCAACUCUUUACUAAAAUUGCUCCAAAAUUAUUAAAGAGUAAAUGGUGAUCAUGAUAUUGUUAUUUGGGCAGUGAUUGAAACAUUUAGUACUUAAUAAAAUGUAUUCGAACACCUUGCCCAACUUCAAAUUUACAACACUGGAAAAUAUGGAUUAAAUAUUUUAUUAAGCUUGAAAUCAUGACCUUUAUAAACUAACCAAAAUUAAUGUCAAAAUGGUUCUUAUAUAUGAAACUUUAAGCCAGAUUCAAAAUUAAAUACACUUUUUAUUUUUAACCUAUAUCUUUGUAUAUAUUUCAAAGAUUGCAAUAAUAAAACAGGAUUGUGUGAUGCUUUUUAGCUCACCUGAUUGAUCAGGUGAGCUUCUGUGACCGGUCUUUGUCCGUCGUAUGUCUGUCCGUCCGUUAACAUUUGCUCGUAAACACUCUAGAGGCCACAUUUCUUGUCCCAUCUUCAUGAAACUUGGUCAGAAGCUUUGUCCCAAUGAAAUCUCGGCCGAGUUCGAAACUGGAUUGUGCCGGGUCAAAAACUAGGUCACUAGGUGAAAAAAAAGAAAAACCUUGUAAACUCUGUAGAAGUCACAUUUCAUGCCCAAUCUUCAUGUAACUUUGUCAAAAUGUUUGUCUUAAUGAUAUCUUGGUUGAGUUCAAAAGUGGUUAUGAUCCGUUGAAAAACAUAGCCACCAGUGGGCGGGGCAGUUGUCCUAAUUUGGCUAUAGAGAAACCUUGUAAACACUCUAGAAGUCACAAUUUUUGCCCAAUCAUCAUGAAAGUUGGUCAAAAUAUUGGUUCAAUUGAUGUCUCAGACGACUUAGAAAAUGGUCGAGAUCGGUGGAAAAAAAUGGCCGCCAGUUGGCGGGGCAUUUUUCUCUAUAUGUAUAUAGUGAAAACAUGUCAACACUCUAGAAGUCACAUUUUUGGCCCAAUUUUCAUGAAAUUUUGUCAGAACUUUUGUUUCCUAGAAAUGUUAGUUAAGUUUGAAAAUGGUUCCGGUCUGUUGAAAAACAUGGUAGCCAGGGGGACGUGGCAGUUUUCCUUAUACUUAUAUAGUAAAAAGGCUUGCAAACAAUCAUCAAUUAAGGUCAUGUUUCAUGUGAAACAACUCUUCUAAAUUUUGCAUUUAAGAAUACAGUAGUUACUCCCUUUGAUUAUUAAUGAUUUCAUAAUAAUACUUGUGUUUCAUUUAUGUGUUAAUUGUUAAUUAAGGUUGGAUGUUCGAAAGGGGGCAUAUAGUGAUCAGACUGUCCGUCCGUCUGUCUGUCUGUCCGUCUUUCCGUCACACUUUGCAUUUAGGUUUCCAAAAAUGCUCAUAACUUCUAUGUCCCUUGAGAUAUAACCUUCAUAUUUGGUAUGAAUGUGUAUAUGGACAAGGCCUUUCCAUAGGCACAAUUUUUUUUUACCUGUGAACUUGACCUUGAACUAAGGGUCCGCGUUUAGGUUUCGAAAUCUGCGUUUAGUUUUCAAACAAUGCUCAUAACUUCUAUGUCCUUUGAGAUAUAACCUUCAUAUUUGGUAUGCAUGUGUAAAUGGACAAGGCCUUUCCAUAUGCACACAAUUUUUAACCCCUGUGACCUUGACCUUGAACUUAGGGUCCGCGUUUAGGUUUCGAAAAAUGCUCAUAACUUCUAUGUCCCUUGAGAUAUAACCUUCAUAUUUGGUAUGCAUGUGUAUAUAGACAAGGCAUUUCCAUCUAAAUCUGCGUUUAGGUUUUGAAAAAUGCUCAUAACUUAUAUGUCCCUUGAGAUAUAAACUUCAUAUUUAGUAUGCAUGUGUAUAUGGACAAGGCCUUUCCAUACGCACAAUUUUUUUUACCCCUGUGACCUGCAAUGUCCGUCCAUCCACAUUUGGUUUGUAAACACUCUAGCAUUCACAUUUCUCAAGCAUUCUUUAUCAAAGUUGCUGAAAGAUUUCAGUCAAGUUUGUUGAUGAGCAAAAUCACAUAAUUAAUGCCAUAAUUAUUGCCCUUAGAUUGUCCAAAUUUUCAUUAUAUUAUACAAAAUCCUUGUAAGCAAAGUUUGAUGUUUGGGGGGUCAACUCAAAAUAUAGGUCACCAUUUCAAAUCUUACAUAAACAAAAACACUCCCUACGCCAGAGCUUUGGUUCAAUAAUGAUGAAACUUGACAAGGAUGUUUGUCUGGUCAAUAUCUAGGUCAUGUUUUACAUAAGGUAAAGAUUGAAUGAACUGACUCCUCUCAGGUGAGCGAACUAGGGCCAUCUUGGCCCUCUUGUUGUAAAAACCCUAACCCUGAGGAGCACUGAUUGGCAGUUAUCUUAGAAAACUGCAGUGUAGUAAACCCCAAGGCAGACAUGGUAAUACACUUUUUUCCAUGUAUAGUUGUAGUUUAUAUUGUUUUGUGUUUAUUGUCCCCUACCGGUGAAACCUGAGGGGACUUAUGGUUUGCACUCCGUCCGUCUGUCAGUCUGUCUGUCAGUCAGUCCGUCACACUUUUCAGGAUCCUGCGAUAACUUUAAGAGUUCUUAAUAUUUUUUUAAUGAAGCUUGAAACAUGGAUAGAUGGCAAUAUGGAGAUUAUGCACGUCAUUUCAUUUUGUUCCUACGUCAAAAAUUCUGGUUGCUAUGGCAACAAAUAUAUUUAAAAAAAAAUAUAUUUAUUAUUUUUUUACUGACAAUGGUGGAGUUUCACCGUUAGGGGACCAUAUUGCUUGGCAAUCUCUUGUUAUAUUGAAAUUGUUAUGUGUAAAUAUAAAAUUGUACUUAGAAUAUUUAUGUUUUUUCGAAUAUUAAAUCCAUUGAAAGACAACAAAUUUAAUUUUGUGCAGCUUUUUGAGAAAUUUUGAUUGUUUAAUGCUACUUCCAAAAAGAUUAUAACUGCCAUUGUGAUAAAAUGUUACAUAAUUAGAUAAUAAGAUGAAAAUAUGUUGGCAUAUUAUUAUCUUAUAUGUAUCAAAUUUAAGAGCUGGGAAAUAUCGUUUUUGUUUUCAUUUUACGUUCGUGUAAUAUAUAAAUGUAUUUGUGAAUUAUUUUCUUGUCCAAAUAGCUCGCAUGAUUCUUGUAACUUUAUUUUGUGAAUUCCACUCUUGAGUGGUGCCCUAUAUUUAUGCAAGCUUCUGUUUUUUCAUGAGUUGAAGGAGAUAAAUGACUACUUUAGUAGCUAAGUGGGGAAUUCUUUUAUCUGUUUAAUUCAAUGGGAGUAUGAACACUAAUCUACAGGUAUUAUUAUGACUGUCUUUUAAUAUGUUAAUGCGUAAAAAUUAUUGUAAUGAAAAUUUUGGCAAGAUAUAUAUUACAAUUAUAUAUCAAGACAGUUUAUAUAAACAUUAUCCAUCGGUGCCUAGAUUCAACUAAAUAUGUUGUAAUUGACAUUACUGUUUAACUCGAUGUUGUGUACAUGGUUAAAUGAGAAACAAAGAGAAACAGAA